AUAUUAAACCAUUGAAAUACAAUAAAAAAAAAAACCAUAGUCGCUAAUAAUUAAAUUCAAAUCUUUUGCCAGCGUUUUGGAAAAAAACAAUUUCAAAAAAAGUACAGGUCACGGCGUCGUGGAGUAGAACGUCGGUGUUGGUCUGAAGUGUACUAACAGUGCAGACAAAAAACUAGGGGGCGAAUGAAAACAACAGCACGGGAAAACAAUAAAGAUUACAAUGUAUAAUAUACCUCACGGAAAACGUUUGGAACCCAGUGCACUGUAAUACAUUUAUAUUGCUCAUCAUAGUGUAAUACGCGUAUUUUUAUAAAUCAUCUUACGCGAUUAGUGAUUAAAAUUGAAUCAUAAUAUUAUAUUUACAUUGCUUAUAGCCUAAAGGCGCUUACUUAUGUCGAGAGUGUACAAUUAUAUUUUUGCGCAUAUUAAACGUUGUUUUAGUAAACCUCGUACUAUAAAUAUUGUGCAUAUUAUACACACGCACUACAAAACGUAAUUGUACGAAAGUGUAGUCUCCUGCUACGAUAAAUUGUUCACGUAAUACGACCGUGGCCACCGGAUAAUGGAAAUACUACGUAUACCUACGAUAUAGUGGUUUCAGUGUCUUAGUCCACUCUGAUCGUUUGACGUGCCGAGUUGUGAAUUUAUGAUUUUCACAAUCGGUCGACACCAUCAUCAUCAUCAUCAUCAUCAUCAUCAGAGGCAGCAGCAACACAACGUUUAGGCGCACGUGUGCCGUAAACCGUCGUUUACAUAUUAUAUUUGUACGCGUUUGAACCAGCGGAGGCCACCGAUAAAUUGCAAACAUUCGUCCUCGGCAGGAGACGUGACUGCCGGGUUUAUUGUGCAUUAUCACAUUAUAUCAAACAAGUGGCCCACGGCAUCGUUCGAUAACGCAAUCCACAACGAAAUUAGUUUUAAAUAGACAUCAACCAAUCGGUGCGAUCAUUAUCAUUCUCUUAUAUCACCGCUGCCACCUUCACAACAUUUAACAAUCCCAAUAAAUACGAUUUCCUAUCUGUAGCAACAUUAAAUAUUCAUACUAUUAUAAGUGACGAACUAGUAUAAUCACAACCAAUUCAUCAUAAUUUGUAUGCAGUAAUUUUUUAUGUUUUAGUCUAUCGUUAUUCGUCAGUACAAUACCACGUUUUAAAACGUUCAAUUCAUAUAUGAUUUCUCAAACAAAGAAUUCUUAGUGUGAAUAUGGAGAAAUCACCAAACGAAGAAGAAGAAAAAUUAGAAAUAUUUGAAGUUCCAUCUCAGUGUUUGCCGGAAAAAUCAAACUUGAAGGGUGAUUGGCUGAACUUCUUUCUAUUGAUAUUAUUAUACACAAUACAAGGAUUACCUUUGGGUUUAGCCAUUGCUUUACCGAUAAUUUUUCAGAGUAAAAAAAUUGUGACCUAUAAAGAACAGGCUUUUUUCAGUUUAGUUGCGUGGCCAUAUAGUAUAAAAAUUUUAUGGGCGCCAAUAGUAGAUUCACUGUACGUACAAUGGAUAGGCAGACGAAAAUCUUGGCUCAUUUUCGUUCAGUUCUUGAUGGGGGUGGUUUUACUCUAUACGGCCAUUAACAUCGACGAGUGGUUGCCCGACUCCGAAAUACCUAAUCUCAAAGCGCUGGUGUUUACGUUUUGUGUCAUCAGCUUCUUGGCCGCAACACAAGAUAUAGUUGUCGACGGAUGGGCACUGACAAUGCUAAAAAAGAACAACGUGGGUCAUGCGUCCACGUGCAACGGGACGGGUUUAGCAUUGGGUGUGCUUAUAGGUACUAUUUGUCCUGUUUUACUUACAUCAGAAGACUUUUGUAAUAAAUACUUACGAAUGACGGUCAGCUCAGGAGGCAUAAUCACUUUAAAAGGUUUUUUGUAUUUUUGGAGUUUUAUAAUUAUGCUGAUAACAACAUUUAUUGGUAUAUUCAAAAGAGAAAUGGAUUACAGACUAGAAGAGGGGCACGUAAAAAUUAACGUUUUUAAAAGCUAUAAACUUCUUUGGAAAAUUUUAAAGCUGCCCAAUAUUCGAGUAUUGGCAAUCGCAUUAUUAACAAUGAAGAUUGGAUUUUCAGCAACUGAUUCUGUGUCAAAAUUAAAACUAAUUGAUGCCGGUGUAUCUAAAGAUGAUAUAAUGAUAAUAACUAUAUCAAUGUAUAUAGUAAAAUUUAUUGUACCUAUCGUUGUAUUAAAAUAUACUUCAGGUACAAAACCGAUGAGUGCAUACCUGAAUUUAAUGCCAAUCAGGUUACUUUGGAGCAUUGCUUAUGUUGUAUUAAUUUACUACACGCCAAUUUUAAUUAAUAAUAAUGGAGUUGUAAAUGUACCGACAUAUUAUUAUUUGAUUUUAGUGUUUAUAAGUAUAAUACAUGAGAUUUUAGCAUACACUAUGUACCUUUUCACAUUAGGAUUUUUCUCUCGGAUAAGUGACUCACGUUUUGGCGGUACAUACAUGACGAUGUUGUCGACGAUUGCCAGUUUUGGAUGGGUAGUAUCAAAUACUUUGGCACUGAGAAUGAUUGACGUGCUCACGUUCAGUAAAUGUUCAAAUGAUGAUGGAAAUAAUUGUUCUACGAUAGAUUUAAAAAACAUAUGCAAAAGAAAGGGAGGUGAUUGUAACAUUAUUAUAAAUGGAUACUAUGUAGAAGUUGCACUGUGCAUGACAAUCGGAUUUGUUUGGUAUUUUUUGUACAAAAAAACCAUAAAAAAUCUUCAAACAAAGAAUCUUUCCAAUUGGCAAGUGAACCUAAAUCGACUGGAACGAGGAAAAAACGAAGAGUCUUAGUGUAAAUAAGCAUGAAAUAUAUACAUAGAUAAUAUACGUAGAUGACUUCUAAAAAAUGUACAAAUUGUUUUACAUUGUGUCUAUGAAUUACAAAUACUUUAGAAUAUUCUGUUAUUUUUUUUUUAACAUUAUUAUUAUCCGAUUCCAAAUAUUUUAAAUUUUAGAAAUUAAAAUUAUUAAUUAUUUUCCUACACCCAAAUAUAUUUGUGACUUGUGU